AAGCGAGUGGUUACGAAAGGAUUCAAUUGCAAUCGUAUUCUAUUGGAGCCAGCAUCGUAUGGUAUAGCUCGUGGCAUUUAUCUUUUUUCUCAUCUGAAAUUUAAACCAGCUGUAAAAUGAAGAUCUGCGCUGUUUUGAUGGUUACUGUCAUAGCGUACAUGACCCAAGGUGCCCCUUUGCCUCAUCAACAUGGAAACGAUCCGUUCAACAGCAUCUCCAGAACAUUUAACGAAAUGGCGACCAAUACCUUUGCAUCGGCAGCCGCCCAGCAAGGCGCACAUCAACAAGGCAUGUGGCCAGCAGGAGGACGUCCUGUUAGUGCUUCAGCUUCAGCUGGAGCUGGCCGUGAAUUUUCUUCUGCCCACAAUUCGGGAAGCAUGUGGCAACAUGCCUCAGCUUCGGCUUCAGGGCCAGUGGCUGCUUCAGCUUCUGCAUCGGUUCAUUCGUCAUCGACUAGCAUUCAUCAGCAAAAGUCCAGGCAAGGUCGGCCAGCCAACCGGUCAGGAAGACCGUCUAGAAAUCGAAACAGCAGCAGAAAUGCAAACCAUAUUUGAUGAAAAAAAAUUUUGAUGAAAAGAACAGGUAGAAUCAAUUUUGUUUUCCUUUUUUGGGCCGUUAUCGAUUGGUUGCUUGAAAUGUGCACUCAGUCGAGCGCGUUCGUUUCCCAAUUAUUGGACCGUUAACACUUUAAAUGUAACCUAAAAUUCUGCGAAAUUUAUUUGAAAACACAAUGCUUUUGUGACCUG